AUGUUUCUAUCAGUUUUGCUUUUUGGAAUGAUUCAAUAAAUUCCUGAUGAACAUAUUGUUGUUUGUCCUUUAGAGUAUAAUUUAAGUCAUUUACUUAUUCAAAAAUUUAUGAUAAUUCAUUUAAAAUCCUUUAUUACAAUAGAGUUAGUUUAUUUUGAACUCAAUUUCAUUUUUUUAUUAUUUAAAAAUUUAAUCUUCUUAUAAAUUACAUAUUUCUCAGCAGUUUACAACUAUGCUGAAAGAACCAAUAUAUCUAUUUCUUAUGAUGAAUAAUACCUUUACAUUUUGAGAGAAUCUGAAUUAAUAUUAUGA